UUUCAGCUUUGAAAAAUGGAAACGGUAUGUGCGGACGAAGAAAGAAAUGGGAAAAUUUUGUGUUGUCAAUGUGGGACCUCGAUUGAACCAAAUGCAAUGAAUAUGUGCGUCGCAUGUGUGCGAUCGCGUAUUGAUAUUACAGAAGGCAUACCGAAACAGAGUCGAGCUUUCAUGUGUAAAUUCUGCAGUCGAUGGUUGAUACCACCGAAUGGCUGGGUAAAUGCAGAGCGAGAGUCCAAAGAAAUGCUUGCCAUACUGUUGAAGAAGCUAAAGCCCACGAUGACUAGGGUACGCCUCAUCGAUGCCUCCUUUGUAUGGACAGAACCACAUUCAAAACGAGUGAAACUCAAGUUGACUAUCCAGAGCGAAGUGCUGACAGGCGCUGUUCUUCAACAAAUUUUCAUUGUAGAAUUUAUUGUUAUCAAUCAGAUGUGUGAUGACUGUCGACGUGCUGAAGCAAAGGAUUUUUGGCGUGCUUGUGUUCAAGUUCGUCAGAAGUGUGAAUUUAAAAAGACGCUGUUUUAUCUGGAACAACUAGUCCUGAAAUAUGGUGCCCAUGUCAGUACAACAGCUAUCAAACCUGUACCUACAGGGGUCGAUUUCUUUUAUGCAAAGUUGCAGGAUGCCAGAAAAUUCGUUGAUUUUAUCACUUCUCAUUUGCCGUGUAGAUAUUCUUACGCCCAGGAACUGGUGACACAUGAUGUUAAGAAUAAUACUUACGACUACAAGCACACUUUCUGCGUGGAGGUCGUACCCAUAUGUCACGGUGAUUUAGUGUGUCUGCCGAAAAAGAUAGCUCAGGCUCUGGGUAAUAUGAAUCAGCUGGUUGUAUGUUUUAGAGUUAACACUGUGAUCAGUGUGAUUGACUCGAAUACUUUGCAAAUAGCGGAUAUUAAUUCGGUUCAGUAUUGGCGUGAUCCCUUUCAAGCUUUAUGUCAGUCAAAACGGUUGAGCGAGUUUUACGUAAUGAACGUAGAGGAUAUUGAUAUUCAGUUAAGAGGAACAUAUAGCCAUUUGUCAACGAAACAUCGUUUAGUUGACAUUUGGGUAGUCCCUAGUAAUCAGAUUGGACAGGAUAAUCAAGAGGUUUGCACACGAUCUCAUCUUGGACAUUUGUUAAAACCAGGCGACCUUGUGUUAGGAUAUGAUUUACGCAGUAGCAAUGUGAACAGUACAUUGUUGGACGAGAUGAAAAGGGAUAGGAUACCUGAUAUCAUCUUAGUUCGAAAAGUUUACGAUCGGUCUAUACGACAAGAACGAAAUAACUGGGAACUGAAGCGACUGAUUCAAAACGAUGGUGAUGUUUGUGAUAGCUCUUUUAUGGAGAACGAAUUUGAGGACUUUUUGGAGGAUUUGGAGGAGGAUGAACAAAUGAAGCAGAAGGUCAACUUUUAUCGGAACAGUGCGAAGCAGCAAACAGUUUGUUCUAAAAACAUCGCGUUAGAAUUGCCACUGGGUCCUCCACUCCAUGAAAUGAUGGAUAACCUUGACCUCAACACCGAUGUUGAAAUGAAUUAAUGGAUCAGCUUUUUUUUCUUUUUACCAGUAUUGCUGUAGUCAGUUUACCUUGCUUUUUAUCGGAUGUAUUUAGUGGUUGGAGGGCCGUAUUUAGAGCAUCUGAUAUUUGUGUAUUUUGCAACUCCUUUGCCAUGCGUGGUACUGCUUUUCAUACUCUCGACAGAUUUAUUAGGAUCCUAAAGUAUCAGGAAGAACCGCUCAAAUAAGAGGCUACAAAAAUAUGUAGUUGUUAUUCCUUUAUCCUUUGCUGACAUGAAUUAUUCUUACUGAUAUGCCGAUUCAUCAUAAUAAAUCAACAAGUUGUUAGUAUGUGCUUAUCUGUUUCAUAUCGCUGAUUUUUUCGCAUAUUGAUAUGUUUGUUAUAUUUUGUGUUACUGCUAGGAUUGGAAAGUAAUUCAGUUAUACCUCCAAUCUGUUACCGUAAAGAUUUUUCACGAUAAGCAGUUAGUUGAGUCAGAACACAGCAGUCAGUAUGACACGCCAAAGGAUAUACUAUUGAAGUGCUUUACGAGAAGACAGCUAAUAAAGGAAUCAUAAAAACUCACUUGGAAAGAUG